AUGACAAAUUGCUUAUAUGUUUCAGAACCGUCGUUCUCCGUGUUGUUUCCACGUCAUAGUAUCGAGGACUAUGUGGAAGUAGAUGACCCUGAUUUGCCAGAGUUGAGCGCUUUCUCGAUCUGUGCCUGGGCGAAGUUUGUCAAGAAUGGAGACGGCACUAUAUUGUCUUAUGCUGUCCCUACCGAGGACAAUGAGAUUGCUAUCUGGUGUUAUACAACUAAAGUUAGGUUUUCUCUCAAAGAUGGUUGGACAACGUAAGAUUGUGUGCGAACUAGCAUAAUAGUUAAUACGAAAUUAAUCUCAAACAGUCUGCUCAGGACGUUCACCUCCCCUAUAGGCCGGUUUACACUUGCAAUUUGUUGCUGCGAUAUUCUUCUUCUGAUGGAUGCGAACGAGUGGAUGAGUUAUAAAAGUUAAGAUGAGGGACACAUACUCAGAACAUUCAUUACUCAUCUACUCGUUCACAUGCACCAGAAUAGGAAAAUCGUAAGAUUUCAACUUUCUCAAGACCAGUUCUGAAGAUCAUUGGGGAUGGGGGCAGAGCACCCUUUGUCCCCUGCUUACAUCACUGACCAACUAAUUUAUUGAUACCUAACCAAGAAUGUAUGUUGCAACUGCAAGGGAUGCAAUUAUGUAGGCUCUUUGGCAUGCAGGAGUCGAACCUGAUGCUCUGUGAUUCCGGUGCAGCGCUCUAACCUAUUGAGCUACAGAGUCCAGUAGCUUAUUGGUCCUCUAUAGAAGACAGUUUGGAACUGAUAAAGUUAUCCACUCACAAAUGAAGUUAUUUGAGUUCAGGUAACAUAAGACCAACAUCAAGAGAUGUCCCCUACUGGACCCCUGGAAAAUGUGUAAAACUAGUGUAAAACUAACACAUGUAUUUGAAUAAACAUGUUUUGUGUUAAAACUACUUUUGUUUUAUUUUAUUUCAGUACGUAUAACAGUUUACUCAGUGAUGGUUUCUGGCAUUCAAUCUGUCUUACGUGGUCAAAUGUGGACGGCAACCUCACAGUCUAUAAAGACAACGUAAUGACAGACCAAGCAUCUGGUGUGGCUACUGGAAAAAACAUCUUUGGAGGGGGGCGGUGGGUGCUGGGUCAAGACCAAGAUAGUGUCGGAGGUGGGUUUGCAAUCAAAGAUGCUUUCCAGGGGGAGCUGGCUGAAGUGAAUGUGUGGGGGCGUGUUCUUACAAAACAAGAGAUUGCCUGGUUUUCGACAGACUGUCAACGCCGAAUGAAUGGCGAUGUAAAGAGCUGGCCGGAGUUCAGAACUGGACUGCGACGUGAAGUUCGAGCGGUCGAUGAGCCAAGUUGUACAAAAUGUAAGUUUGAAGUGAGCUAAAUGUAUAAUUGUUGCAAAGAAAUAAAAGACAUAUUUCGAACUUGUGUCAGGGGAGGGG